UAGUCAUUUAUAUUGCAAAUCAUAAAAUAGUUCAAGGAACUAAUUCAUAGGAAAAGUCCUCAUGAUUUGGAAGCAAUGAAAAUGCAACCGACAACAACAUUUUCACUCAAUUAUUUUUCAAACAGCUUUGCGUUGAUUAUGCAGCAACUUCAUAGACAGUUCAACGAAACUUCCUUAAAACUGUUGACCCGUUCCACACUUGAAGACACAACAGUGCUGAUUGCCUAUAUCUGCAACUUUAUAAAACAACUGAUUGACACUAAGAAAGAGUAAAUAACAAUGAAAAUUACAUUACAUUCAUUGUUUUCCUUCCUUUUAUGCUUCUACUACAUAUAUAUCAGUUUCCAAAUCACUUUUAUCUCUGCCAAAUGUCGUGAGCAUCAACAAUCAUCACUACUCCAGUUAAAGAACAGUCUUAUGUUCAAGCUUGAAAGUUCAAGCAAACUGAAGUUGUGGAAUCAAAGCAUUGCUUGCUGCAACUGGAGUGGUGUAACUUGUGACACUGAAGGGAAUGUUAUUGGCCUUGACUUGAGUGGAGAAUAUAUCUCUGGUGGAUUUGACAAUUCAAGCCGUCUUUUUAGUCUUCAACACCUCCAGAAACUGAACUUGGCUAAUAACAAUUUCAAUUCUCUCAUUCCAUCAGGAUUCAGCAUGUUGGACAAGUUGACUUAUCUGAAUUUGUCACAUGCUAGCUUUGUCGGGCAGAUUCCAUUUGAGAUUUCACAGCUUACAAAGUUGAUUACUCUUGACAUUUCAGCUUUUGAUUACUCCCUAGGACAAUGGCUGAAACUAGAGAAACCAAAUCUACAGAAGCUUGUCCAAAAUAUGACUGGUCUUAGGCAAUUGUAUCUAGAUGGUGUAUUAUUAACCCAGGCUCAGGAAAACAAAUGGAGCAAUGCUUUGUCUCCGCUGCGUGACCUGCAAGAGUUGAGCAUGUCUUACUGUAAUUUAUCAGGACCACUUGAUUCUUCCCUAACAAAACUAAAAAACCUAUCACUCAUUAUUCUUGAUGGGAACAGUUUUUCGUCUCCGGUGCCAGAAACAUUUGUCAAUUUUAAAAACAUGACCACCCUUAGUCUUGCAUUUUGCGGGUUGAGUGGUAUAUUUCCACACAAGAUAUUCCAAACUGGAAAGUUGUCUAAUAUUGAUUUAUCGUUCAACAACAAUCUCCAUGGUUCAUUUGCAGAAUUUCCUUUGAGUGGAUCUAUACAGACUUUAAGGGUAAGUAACACAAACUUUUCUGGAGAAAUUCCAUACACCAUUGGUAACUUGAAGCUAUUAUAUGAAUUGGAUCUUUCUUAUUGUAAAUUUAGUGGAAUACUUCCUAAUUCACUAUCAAAUCUUACAAAACUUAGAUACAUAGAUUUGUCGUCUAAUAGCUUCACAGGUCCAAUGCCAUCAUUUUACAUGGCCAAAAACCUUACACAGCUAGACCUUUCUCAUAAUCGUUUAAGUGGUGAAGUUCCAACAUCUUCUCACUUUGAAGGACUGCACAAACUUGUCAACAUUGACUUGCGUGACAAUUUUUUCAAUGGAAGCAUUCCUUCAUCCCUUUUUACACUCAUGUUACUACAGAAGAUUCAACUUUCAUCCAACCAGUUUAGUAAAUUUGAUGAAUUCUUAAGUGUGUCUUCCUCUGUAGUCAACACCCUUGAUUUAAGUAGCAAUAAUCUCUCGGGGUCUAUUCCAAAAUAUAUCUUUCAGCUCGGUUCAAUUUCUUACCUUGAUCUUUCCUCUAAUAGAUUCAAUGGGCCGCUGCAGCUAGAUGAGCUUUUGGGGCUUAGAUAUUUAUCUACACUAGUCCUUUCAUACAACAAAAUAUCAAUCAAUGUGAAUGUUAAAAAGGUUAAUCAUACUUCCUUUCCCACUCUUACCAAUUUAAAUUUGGCAUCUUGCAAUAUGAAAACUUUUCCUAGUUUCUUGAGAAACAAAUCCAGACUAGGCUCGCUAGACCUUUCAAAUAAUCAAAUUCAAGGAAAAAUGCCCAACUGGAUCUGGAGACUACAAAAUCUCAAAAGUCUUAAUGUUUCUCACAAUAUGCUCACUGAUUUGGAAGGACCUUUGCAAAACUUAACUUACAAAUUGAUAGGCCUCGACCUUCACAACAACCAAUUGAGAGGGCCAAUACCUGUUUUUCCUAAAUAUGCUUCCUAUUUAGAUUACUCAAUGAACAAAUUUAGAUCUCUCCCACAAGACCUUGGUAACUACCUGAAUUUCACAAUAUUUCUCUCUCUUUCAAAUAAUAAUUUACAGGGAAGCCUCCCUGAUUCCUUGUGCAAUGCUUCAAAUCUUGAAGUGCUUGAUAUGUCCAAUAAUAACAUUUCUGGAAUAAUUCCCACGUGCCUAAUGACUCAAAACCUCAUGGUAUUAAAUUUGAAGAAGAACAACCUAUUAGGCUCUAUCCCAGAUGUAUAUCCACCUUCUUGUGCUCUAAGGACUCUGGAUCUCCAAAAGAAUAACUUAGAUGGACAGAUUCCAAAAUCUCUUGCUAAUUGCUCAACAAUGGAAGUGCUGGACCUUGCAAACAAUAACAUCAUUGACACAUUUCCAUGUUUUUUGAAGGACAUAUCUACACUCCGAGUCCUAGUCUUGCGGAAAAACAAAUUCUAUGGUCCCAUUGAAUGUCCAACUACGGAUGACACUUGGCCUAUGCUUCAAAUAAUUGAUCUAGCCUUUAACAACUUCAGUGGUAAGCUACCUGAAAAAAGUUUCGCAGGGUGGGAGGCAAUGAUGUCUGAUAAAAACCAAAUUGAUUCGAAAGUAAACCACAUCAGGUUUGAGGUUCUUCAAUUCAAUCAAAUUUAUUAUGAAAAUUCAGUAACAGUUACAAGCAAAGGUCAACAACUGGAAUUGGUUAAAAUCAUUUCAAUAUUCACAACCAUUGAUUUCUCAUCCAAUCAUUUUCAAGGACCUAUACCAAAGGUGCUGAUGGACUUCAAAGCACUUUAUAUUCUCAACAUUUCAAACAACCAUUUCUCAGGUGAAAUCCCUUCUGCCAUAGGGAACAUGAAACAAUUAGAGUCAUUAGACCUCUCAAAUAACUCUUUGGUUGGUGAGAUUCCUAUGCAGCUAGAGAGCUUGUCCUUUCUUUCUUAUUUAAACCUUUCGUUCAAUCAUUUGGUGGGUAAGAUUCCAACAGGUACUCAACUUCAAUCAUUUCCAGCUUCUUCCUUUGAAGGAAAUGAUGGACUAUAUGGACCUCCAUUGACUGAAAUACCAGAUGAUAAGAGGCAGGACGAGGUGCAUCCUGAACUUGCAUGUGGGAGGCUAGCUUGUUCUAUAGAUUGGAAUUUCUUAAGUGUAGAACUGGGAUCUGUUUUUGGUCUUGGAAUCGUCAUUUGUCCUCUCAUGUUUUGGAAGAAGUGGAGAAUAAGAUAUUGGAAACUUGUGGAUAAAAUUCUUUGCUGGAUAUUUCCAAGGAUGUAUCUUGAAUAUGUAACCCAGAGAGGACAAACAUACAUAGUUUUAAGGUGGCAUUAGUUACUAUUGAGUGUGCUAAUUAUCAAACUAGUAUUUUCUAUUUUCAACAAUGUUGUUUUCAACAAUAAACAAUUUCCUGUUGUUCAGUAACUUUGACAGUCUAUUCUAUUU